AUGGCUGUCACUGCUGUUCUGGCCGCACUUAACCUGCUGAUCUCGGUGCAGGGAGCGGUAGUGGAGUCUGUCCCGCGUGCAUCAGGAUCACUGGACUCGUGGUUGGCAGCUGAAACCCCCAUUGCACUGCAGGGAGUAUUGAACAAUAUCGGUUCUGGAGGUGUCUUUACUGAGGGAGCGGUUGAGGGUAUUGUCAUUGCGAGCCCUAGCAAAGCCGAUCCGAACUAUUACUACACGUGGACUCGAGACUCAGCACUCACUCUCAAGACCCUGGUCGAUAACUUCAUUGCCGGUGCUUCUGACCUAGAAUCCACAAUUAAGGACUACAUCAACAUCGAAUCUGUCCUCCAAGGAGUUUCAAACCCAUCUGGUAGCAUAACAGACGGGUCUGGACUCGGAGAACCGAAGUUCAAUGUGGAUGGGACGGCUUUUACGGGUGCGUGGGGCCGUCCUCAAAGAGACGGCCCUGCUUUGCGAGCGACUGCAAUGAUUGCAUAUGCUAAUUACCUGAUUGAUAAUGGUCAAACUUCUACCGCAAAAGAGAUCAUUUGGCCUAUUGUGCAAAAUGACUUGGCCUAUGUCGCUCAGUAUUGGAAUCAGACUACAUUUGAUUUAUGGGAAGAAACACAAGGAUCAUCCUUUUUCACAACAACUGCCCAACACCGAGCAUUAGUCGAGGGCAACACCCUAGCUACAGCCCUUGGAGAGUCUUGUGCCAACUGCGUCUCUCAGGCUCCUCAGAUCCUGUGUUUCCUGCAAUCAUAUUGGACUGGCUCAUAUAUCCUCGCCAACUUUGCGAAUAACGGCCGUACAGGCUUGGAUGCCAAUUCAAUUCUCGGAGUUAUCGAAACCUUUGAUCCGGAGGCAAGUAGUUGCGACGACGUAACUUUUCAGCCCUGCUCCGAGCGAGCUCUGGCUAGCCACAAGGCUGUUACAGAUUCUUUCCGAAGCAUAUACUCACUCAACUCUGGUAUUGCUGCUGGCUCUGCCGUUGCAGUUGGUCGUUACCCUGAAGAUGUAUACCAAGCUGGCAAUCCUUGGUACUUAGCUACUACUGCGGCAGCAGAGCAGCUGUAUGAUGCAAUCUAUCAAUGGAACAAGAUUGGUUUUAUUAAUAUUACUUCUAUCAGCUUGAGCUUCUUCCAAGCUAUCUACCCUUCUGCGGCGACUGGUACAUAUGCUGCUGGCUCGUCGACAUUCAAUGCUCUCAUCUCGGCUGUGAAGACAUACGCGGAUGGAUACAUGAGUGUUGUUGAGAGGUAUACGCCGGCCGAUGGUACACUUUCAGAACAGUUUCAGCGGGACAAUGGGGUACCAUUGUCCGCCUCCGCGUUGACUUGGUCCUAUGCUGCACUUCUCACAGCAGCUGCCCGACGUGCUGGUACAGUGCCAGCUUCAUGGGGCUCCAGUAAGGCAAACACCGUGCCAACAACUUGCUCCGCGAGCUCCGCAAAAGGAAGCUACACAUCUGCUACCAACACAGCCUGGCCUACGGCGCCUACAAGCAGCACAAGACCCUCAUGCACCCCCCCAAGUGAUGUGUCUGUCACGUUCCAAGAGAUUGUCACCACUAGCCCAGGUCAAGAUAUCUACUUGACAGGCAAUAUCUCGGCGCUCGGUAGUUGGUCCACCACUGCUGGAAAGGCCAUUGCGCUGAGUGCUCAGGACUAUCGCUCAGCUGAUAAUUUGUGGUAUGUUGCUUUGACGCUGCCCUCUGAUACCGCUUUUGAGUACAAGUUCUUCAAGAAUGAGAGUGGCAUGAUAAUUUGGGAAGAUGAUCCCAAUCGCGUUUAUGUUGUGCCUAGUGACUGCGGUGUGAGCACUGCAUGCAUAAAUGAUAGCUGGCAGUAG